GCGUCGCUUCGAGAACACCAUAUUAUCGCCCCAAUUGCAGGUGGGUCAGCUCGACGGCGGCUCGUCCCUUGUGGCCCCUGGCGAAGUAGCUUCAUUUGAGAUCUCCUUUUAAGGGGCAAUGCCCCCUACCCGUAUAGUCCCUUCUCCUGAUACCUGCACGUCCUGUACUUGUCAGACAGAGAGACAGAAUGUUCGGCAGUGGCUUGAUGUCGUGGCUGAGGCCCUCCGAGGCCGUGCCCGAAAGCAAAUGGGACCCUGAGACCCUGACGAUGGAGCAGCCUGCUAGCCCGUCCGGUCCCUCCAUGGAGCACGUUGUUACUGAGCAACCGCGCACUGGAGAGUCCAUGCAGCUGCAGAUCCGCGGUGGUGCUGUGCUGGUGUCUGCUGCUUUGAAUGCUGCGAGUGCUGCUGCGAUUGUUGCGGCGACGACGGGCCGGAUGGUCCUCCCCCUCCUCCCGGCCCACCCGGACCUCCAUGAGUGAACAAUGGAUAGACUCGGAGAACGUUGGUUCGCAUAGGAAUCGGUCUAUGUGGUUGAUAGUUCGGCCAAGGAGUUCUCUGUGACAAACAUGUUGUCCGCCCGGGGUGACUAUUUCUCGCCGGGUGUGAAUAGUGAUUAUCAAUUUAUACCCUUCGUCAGC